ACCAGUUUAUUCACUUCCCUUAUAUAAACAUUAAAAUUAGUAACUUCUUUAUUAAUCUUUACAGAAUCAGUCAAACCAAUAUAUUUCAGUUUCCAGUUGUAGGGAGACAAAAAGGUCGACAGAAACCUGGCCUCUACUGUUCCAUAGGAACAAACAACCCCUUAUCCCUAUCUAUCAAAUUUCUUGAUUGGCCACUCAGUGUCUUGAACAUCAAGUAUACUUUUCUUUUCCCUUUUUCUUUUUUUUAUAUAACAAAUUUUAUCUAUUAUGGUAGUAAGGCUAUAUUUUGCAACUAAGGAUCUUGAUUUUAGUACAUCUGAUGAUUCAUCAACCCUUUUGGUGUUUGAUUGAUUUGAUUAGAACAGAUUCUUUGACCCUUUUUAGUGAUUGAUUGAUUUGAUUAGACAAAGGGCUGAAUCGUGGCAGUAAGAAUACUCUGUCACUUACGAUUAGAGCGACAGAAGGAUGAAUCUCAGAGUCGUGGCAGUAAGGGUCUUAAGAUCUUGUUUGAUUGAUUUAAUUAGAACAAGGUCUGAUUCUUUGACCCUUUUUAGUGUUUGAUUGAUUUUUAAUUCAGAGCGACAAAGGGCUGAAUCACAUUAUCGUGGCAGCAAGAAUACUCUGUCACUUACAGUAAGGUAAUAAAUCUGAAUCCUGAGUGUUUUGAUUGAUUUAUUGGAUGAAAUACUGAGAGAAACAAUGGAUAAGGAGAUGGAUGUACGGAAUCAGAAAGUGGAUGUUCCUGAGACUGUAAUCACCAUAAGAUUGGAUGAAAAUAGGGAAACUGAUGAAAAAUCAAGAAUUCGCGACGAAGAAGGAAAUUCGGGUGGAAAGGGAAAUGGGGUUGAAGGGAAUAAGGUGAAAGUGAAGGAUUUGAAGGAGGGUGAGAGUUUUUCGACUGUAAUUGAUGUGAAGUGCGAUGCGGAGAAAUUGGGAGAGGACAGCCAAAGGGUGUGUAGGAUUUGUCAUUUGAGUUCUUAUGAAAGUGGGAAAAAUGUACAAAAUUUGGUGGAUUUGAUUGAGCUUGGUUGUGGUUGUAAAGGAGAGCUAGGAUUUGUGCAUUCUCAUUGUGCUGAAGCCUGGUUUAAGCUAAAAGGAAACAGAGUGUGUGAAAUUUGUGGGGAGGUUGCACAAAAUGUUACUGGUGUCAGCGAUAACAGAUUUAUUGAGGAGUGGAAUGAUGCGAGAUCUACUGCAAGUGGUACUGGUUCAACUGAAACGAGUAGAAGUUGUUGGCGCGGGCAGCCAUUCUGUAACUUCUUAAUGGCAUGUUUGGUUAUAUCGUUUGUGUUGCCAUGGUUUUUCCGUGAAAAUAUGUUUUGAAGAAGAGCCUUUGCUGCAAUGUGCCCAGGAGGUCACAGGUUCAAGUCGUGAAAACAGCUUCUUACAGAAAUGCAGGUAAGGCUGCGUACAAUAGACCCUUGUGGUCCGACCCUUUCCCGGGCCCCGCGGAUAGCGGAAGUUUAGUGCACCGGGCUGCCGUUGUUUUUCCCUCAUUAAGAUCAUGUAGAAAGCAAUGUUAUAUGUGUUCAGUACUUACUGCCCGCGCAACUUUUAUCACAUUUGUGUUCUUUUUUGCUUGAUUUGGGCAAAUUUCUUGGUGACCACAGAAUUUUUCGGAUACUACAUGUAGAAGGGCCAAUACUGACAGCCAAUAUUGCCUUUGGCUGUAAACAAGUUUCAAUAUUUUUAUGAAUUUAUUCUUUUGCAUUUGAAUGAAUGGUUUUUUAUUGAA